AGGGUAUUAGUUGGAUGUGAAUUGGUCGUAUAGCAUUACUAAACAAUGCUGUUUGUGACGUUAAAUUACCACGAAAAUUAUUGUAUGCAAAUUCAAAUAUGCACUUUCAAUUUGCAUUCAACUCAGCAAAUAUUUGGUGUAGCAGCAUGUCUAAAUGGAUUCUAUUCGCUGCUGUUAGUUUUUAUUUUCCAACCGUAAGUAUAUCGAGUCCUGCAUAUGUAGAGAAUCGUUUUAUUGAAGUCGCGGUCGUCUCUAAUGAAGAUUCGAACGUCGUAUCAGCGCUUCAAGUCGCCAAGCAGUUUAUUAAAGACCAAGACAUACUACCGCUUUGGAAUUUCAACAUUACUUUCCUUACUCCGAGUUGCAAAUAUCCGCAAAACAUUUCAACAUCAAAUAUUCUGAAAAGACAUUUCGAUCUUAUAAUAGGACCAUCUUUACUUUGUGAGGAAAAACAGAUACCGUCACUUAUGGCCAUACAAGACUCCCUAUAUUUUUCUUUGCUAAAUACAGAGAAUUCUUUUCGUUUGCCCAACCUUAUCAAGAUGUCUCCAUUGCAAAUGCACCAUGCUGAUGCAAUCGUAAGCAUCUUACAAUACUACAAGUACAAAAGGAUUGCCAUAAUAACUUCGGAAGAUAAACAGUGUCUUUGGGAGGAAAUCCAAUGGAAAGCUUACUCUGUAGGAAUAGAUGAAGUAGCAUUGUUCCCCAUUCAGAGUACAACAGAACUGGCACGUUUGUUAAAAGACCUAAAAGAGCAACAUCUUUAUAAUGGGGUCGUCCUCGAUACACCGUCCAACUACACAGCUGAGAUAUUAAAUAUAGCUUUGCAAAUGAAUCUUACUUCAACUGACGGUUGGUUGUGGGUAACAACUGACGGCAAUUCUGAAAGUUGGUUACGACAACGAUGGACCCAGUUCAUAAAUCUCGAUGUACUGGCUGUCUAUCCUGAGAACUGCGAAAGAAGCAUAAUUUCAAAUUACCCCCAAUAUGCAUCACAAAUUCAAAAUUUAACAGUCAAUUCGAAGCUGGCGAUCGACUCUUUGCUUGCUGCAGCAUACGGCUUUAACACUGUGAUUCAACGACCUAAUUUCAACCAAGCAACAGGUUUUAGUGGACACGAAGUAGCAAAUGCAACGGUUUCUUCGAAAUCCCACGGAAUGUUUUGUAACCUAAAGUUUGACAGUUAUGAAAGAUCUCGCUCUUUCAAUUACAACAUUUUAAAGUUUGCUGGGGCUGGCUGGGUUGAAAUGGCUACUUGGGAUAACGUUGACAAAUUGAAGUUGACCGGACUUCAAGACAGGGUACAGAAGAAAGGGAAUUUCCACCUAAAAGUGACCACCAUAGUUGAGGAGCCGUUCGUUUAUUUCUCGAGCAGCAAUAAAGGCGAGAAGAAACUUGAAGGGUUUUGUAUUGACCUCCUCCACGCACUGAGUCAACUGUCUGGGUUCACAUACGAAGUUAAUUUGGUGGGAGAUGGACACUUUGGCGGGUACAAUGAAUCCAGCCAAUCUUGGAAUGGAAUGAUUGGAGAAUUGGAGCGAAAGGUCGCGGACAUUGCAGUAGCCUCAAUAACUGUCACUCAGUCCCGAGCAACAGCAGUUGACUUUUUGCCUUCGUUUAUGACAAUUGAUCUCAAGUUUAUUCUACAUAGUUCAACUAAGUACAAGGAAGAGAAAUACAGUGCCUACGCAUUUUUGGAACCUUUUGAGACCAAUCUGUAUUAUGCGAUUAUUUUCUGCGUGGUAAUGCUCGCAGCUUUCAUCUGUGUACUUUCAAAAAUAAGUCCGUACGGAAUCCGCGGCAAUUUCUUUCACAGCCAACGGUCAGAUGAAUGGAGCGCCAUACAAGCACAACAUUCACCCUCGGAGCUAAAACGACACCAAAACGCCCGCCGACUCCGGACAGAGAAAACAGAUGCUGAAAGGGGAAUGGGUUUUAAUAAUGCUCUGUACUUUGUGUGGGCUGCACUGUUUUGGCAAACACCAGAACGUGUGCCACGAUCUCUGUCUGCCCGCGUUAUCACAGUGCUUUGGUAUCUCGCCGCCGUAGUUUUCGUUGCUUCAUACACGGCAAACAUGGUUGCUGUGGUAUCGCGCCACAGCGAUUCUAUUGAUUCAGCACAGGACUUGUUGUUGCAAAACGACGUCUUGUUUGGUACAGUAGAAAGCAGCGCUGUGGAAACUCAACUAAGAUCAUCUGGAAUUCGAAUUGCUCAAAAAAUUUACUCAUUUAUGACAGGGGAAAACGUAAAAGGCCAGAAUAUGAUGGUGCCAAACAUGGAUACUGGUUUAGAGUACGUUCGUAAAGGAAAGUAUGCUCUAUUCUGGGAUUCACUAUCCAUAGACUACGCGGCGGUGAAUUCCAAUUGUGAACUGGUAUCAACUAAAGUCGGGUUUGGUGAGAUCAAAUACGGGAUAGCUGUUACAAAGAAUUCACCGCAUUACCACAUGCUUGCUGACAACUUGCUCGUGCUAAAACAGCACGGGGUGCUGAAAAGUUUGCGACUAAAAUACUUUAAUGCUCUGAAGGCGUGUGACCAAGAUUCGUAUUAUUAUGAAGAUUUACGGCAGCUUGCUUUUAAGGAUUUGGCUGGAGUGUUUUACUUGGUGGGUUAUGCCAUGGCUACUGGGUUUGGUAUUCUGAUUGCUGAAUGGAUUGUAGUUUCCUUCUAUGAUGUUAAUCGUAAUAACCCACUUGCUCCACAGUCUAUGGUGGAAGCUUUCAGACGGCGCAGGCAACGUCUUAUUGUGGAUAUACGCAACAACUGGUUCCCAUUAGAAAGAUCAAUAGAAAAGUGGUCUAAAAUAAGCCUCCCGUCACAGGAAAGGGUAUCUGACCUGGUCACGGCUCAAACUAAGGGGGGAAAAACUCGUCGGCCCACAGAUAAUGUGCUUCGCAUUUCAAAGUCUUCCACACAUAACGCUGGAUAAACUUAAUUUAAAAAAGGUCAUUUCUUUUCGUUCCCAUGGCCAACAUGAUCGUGAAACAAGAUACCGUUUUAAUGGAACGCAUUUAUUCAUGCUGGUGGCUAAUAAAUUAUGUUACGUGGUUGUUGA